UGGCCCAGCGCGUGACAGCCAAGGAAACCCGAGUAAAAACACAGUGACCUAACGGACGGUGCUGCGCGUGCUGCCGUGUCUUGUCUUGUUUCAGGAGGGAUUUGGGAAGUUCACCUGGCUGUCUCUGAUGGAGACCAGACAACAAGAGUUGUACUCUGGUGUUCUGAGUGAAGCAGUGGUGGACUGGGGCAGCAUGAGUCCUGGAGAGGAAUGGGUUAAUUCAGCCACACACAAGGGAGAGCAGGGUUUGAAUCAGGACAUGUUUUACCCUUCUGGCGAGGAAUCGGUUAAAAGGAGCUCACAUGGUGACGACUUGGCUCCAGUGGCCCAAAAUGGGGAAAACCUGACAGAAUGGUGUAAAACUUCACCAUCAGGGGACGAUCAGUGGUGUCGGGCAUCAGUGUCGCACUCUGACAACUGGGCCAUGUCCACCACUUGGGAUAUGCAGCUGGACAGCACAGAGAGAGGACACCUCACAGCAGGUUUCCUGGACUCUGAGCCAUUGAGAGAGGCUGAUGAAGAUAUGGCCUCAGACGUCAACCUAAACAACUCCAUCAUGACGGAGGCGGAGAGAGAGGAGAUUCAGCAAGAGUUAGCUAAACUAGAGGAGGAGAUAAGUACGUUGAAGCAGGUUUUGUUGUCCAAAGAGAAGCAGCACGCAGAGCUCAAACAGAAACUGGGCGCAAGUUCUCUGUACGAGCUCAGGAACAACCUGAGUAGAGGCUGGCAUGACAUGCAGACCUCCACGGCCUAUAAGAAGACAUCCGAGACGCUGUCCACAGCAGGACAGAAAACAUCAGCCGCCUUCAGCACACUGGGCAGCGCCAUCACCAGGAAGUUCGGGGACAUGAGGUCCAACUCUAUAGGCUACUCCAUCAGACACUCUAUGAGCAUGCCCACCAUGAGAAACUCUCCCAGCUUCAAGUCCUUUGAGGAGAAAGUCGAGACUACGGUGUCCACCAUCAAGACAAAGGUUGGCGCUACAGGGACCGCAGGCAGCUUUGAGGAAGUCCUCUCCUCCGCAGCAAAUGCCAGCUCUCAGGACACGCCCACUAACAACUUGACGGACAGCUCUGAGAGGCCGUGUUAGAGCUGCGUCCACACGGUGAGGCGGGACUUAAACCAGGAACGGCUGUGUUGCAGCACUUUGUCACAUAACUUCUCAAUGCUCUGACUGAAAUGUUACACAAUACUUUUAUUUGAUCACACGUGUUAAGAUGCUUUUGCAAAUCAUGUUUGCAAUGUAAAUCUCCUAACACUUGCAUGGAAUUUCCUGCAAAACCCUAAAUGCCUAGACUUAAUAAAAAACUAAUAUAAUUUCUUGUUUGGCCCAAAUUUACUCAAAAUAUUCUAAAGCGGCAGUUGUCUACCUUUUUAUUUUGAAAGAUCAAGACAGCUGACGUCAAAAGCACACCUACCUGGUAGAGGGCUGAUAAACAGUGAGCCUUUCAGAUUAUUAUAAUUAAACUAGGUUUAAAGGAAGAAUCUGUCGACAACCUAGAUCAUUUUAUGAAUGUUACCAAGAGAUCAGAGCUUGUUGAUCUUUUUGUUGAAGGACUUUUUUUCAGUGUCGUGGAUUUAACCAAUGAGGCAACAACUGUCACCUGCCUCAGGUGACCUCCACACCAUGUGGAACCACAGACGUUGAUCACAUGGGGUUGAAGCGGAGACGCAGCUAAGCCUUAGUUAAAACACUGAGGAAGCACAGAUUCCAGACAAAAACAAAAACCCUGAAUUUCUGCGGUCACUUAAGUUGAGCGGUUCAUGGUUUGGCUCGUCUACUCACCCUCUCAACACGAGUGGAAAACUGUCAAUUCACAGCUGAAAUUCCUCAGACACAAAAUAAGAGGGUUAUUGAUGCCUGGAAAAGAUUGUUGUGUAAAUUCAACAUAAGUGGAAAACAGCCAUGUUGGUACAGUAUCAUAACUCUGCAUCACUAGAACGUUCAUACCAAAAACUACAUUUCUAGGUUUUUAUUAGAAAUAGGUGUUUGGUAUUAAAAAUACACGUCAUGCUACAUUUAACUACCUUGUACAUUUUACUAAAACAUUUAAAGAAAAUGUACAUAUAGCCCAUGUUGAUGUGUCCUGGGGGAAAGAUUAAUUUUAAACUUGUAUUAAUGGUUUUACACUAAGAUCUUAAGAUUUUGUUAUGGCACCUAAAACGAUCUUUUGUGGGCAGUCACUCAUGCUACUUUUUUUUAAAACCCAGCUGACUGUUGUACACAUUUGGUGCUGCUGACAGGGUCGGACCCUAUUUGAAUGCUGGAAUACAUUUAUGUCAUGAAUAUUUUAUGUCCGUGCAGUCCCACUAGAAGAAAUUAAUCACUGUAUUUGCCAUGUGCGCAAAAUGGGAUAAAUCACUUUGGACAAAUAUGUCGUAUGCUGGAAAUAACGAAAACAAUUGUGUGCACUGUUGGGUGCAAACAUCUUCCAGCAUUAUAAACUGGGCAUAUUUAUUUUUAAAAGUUCCGAUGUUUUUAACCUUGUGUGAACUGCCGUACCUCACAUAAGUGCUGGAUCUGCACAGGUUUAAUGGAAUGUUACACUAAAAUGGUCAAGAGAAUGUCAAGGCUGAAUGCACAGUAUAACAUUAAUUCAUCAUCGUACUGCUGCUUGCUUUGCAAAAUGGGAUGUGAUUUCAUUUUUUUUUUUUACUCUUCUGGUCCAGAACUAACCUGUCUAUUGCUGAAAAAUAACACAUUUUACUGCUUACAUUAUGAAAAGGUUGGUGCCACAAAACAUUAAAAAAAAUCUUGUUUAAA